GUCAGGUAUAAAAACAAGGGUUAAACCAGGCAGGACAGCAGUGCAGCGGUAGCAGAAGCAAUAGCAGCAUCUCACCUAGAAAUAUGUCCACCACUGACAUGAGCAUGGGCAAGAUCAUCUUCUACGAGGACAGGAACUUCCAGGGUCGCCACUAUGAGUGCAUGAGCGACUGUGCUGACAUGUCUUCCUACCUGAGCAGGUGUCACUCCUGCAGGGUGGAGAGUGGCUGUUUCAUGGUCUACGACCGCCCCAACUACAUGGGAAACCAGUACUUCAUGAGAAGGGGCGAGUAUGCUGACUACAUGAGUAUGUUCGGCUGGAGUGGUGGAAUCAGGUCUUGCCGUAUGAUUCCCGUGUAUAGGGGAUCCUACAGGAUGAGGAUCUAUGAGAGGGAGAACUUUGGUGGUCAAAUGUAUGAGAUGAUGGACGACUGUGACUCCAUCGUGGACCGCUACCGCAUGUCUGACUGCAUGUCCUGCCACGUGAUGGACGGUCACUGGCUGAUGUAUGAGCAGCCCCACUAUAGAGGCAGGAUGAUGUACCUGAGGCCUGGAGAGUACAGGAGCUUCAGGGACAUGGGAUAUGGAGGCAUGAGGUUCAUGAGCAUGAAGAGGAUCAUGGACAUGUGCUAGAAAUGUUGAAAAAAACAAAUAAAAAAAGACUAAAUAAAUA